AUGGUCCACAAGUCCAGAUGGGAGCUUCAUUCGGAGGCUAGCGGUAGUGAAAGCGAUAACUCAAGAUCCGCGAGCUCCGGCAGUCGCAAAUCGGGCUCAUCUCGAUCGAAAAAGUCAGCAUCUCAGAGCCCCAAAGGCAGCGGAAGUGGCUCCAGGAGCCGGUCGAGAAGUGGAACUCCGAAAAGUGGAUCGGGCUCGCCUCAGAGAGCCUCUCGUUCUCGCAGUGCUACGGGCUCGCACAGAAGCAGAUCCGGUUCUCGGAACUGGGGUUCUGCCAAGUCUCGUUCAGGGUCGGACUCCGGAUCGGAAAUCGAACUCUCUCGCAAAAAGAAGAAGAAGACCGAUGAUGGCGGUGACGAGACGACUAAACCCGAGCUGGCCGAUAUCUUCGGGGAAGAUCUUGGGGAUAUUAGCGAGGACGAAGAGAAGGAUGACGAUGACGACCAGAAGGAGAACGAGCCCGAACGCGAAAUCCGGCGCAUGGGGGAUGUCGAUGAAGAAGAAGCGCAGCCAGAGACAGCGGCGCCGGUACCAGAAACCAGAAUCGAAGUCGAAGUUCCCAGGAUCCAGACAGAUCUCGGCAAAGAAGUUCAUUUCGUGAAGUUACCCAACUUCCUCUCUGUCGAGACCAGACCCUACGACCCGGAAACCUACGAGGAUGAAGUCGACGAGGACGAAGUUCUCGAUGAAGAGGGCAGGGCCAGACUGAAGCUGAAAGUAGAAAAUACGAUUCGGUGGAGGAGAGUCUACGAUCCAAAGACCGGGGACCCGAUAAAGCAGAGCAAUUCGAGGGUUGUCCGGUGGUCUGACGGAUCUCUGAGUUUGCAUCUGGGCUCUGAAAUUUUUGACGUUCACAAGCACUCUCUCAUGACCGGAGACCACAACCAUUUGUUCAUCCGACAAGGCACAGGUCUUCAAGGUCAAUCGGUUUUCCGGACAAAACUCUCAUUCAGACCACAUUCAACGGAUUCAUUCACUCACAGGAAAAUGACCCUCUCCUUGGCGGGUCGCUCGCAAAAAGCCAACAAGGUCCGCGUUCUACCCACCGUCGGUGCUGAUCCGGAGAGGAACCGGGGUGAAAUGAUAAAGAAGGAGGAGGAGAAACUACGAGCCUUCAUGCGGAGGGAUAACAAACAGAGACGAAUUCGUGAUCGUGCGCGAGGCAUGAAUGUUGGCUUCUUGGAAGAUGACGAAGACGGUAUAUCGUUGAGUGCGAUCAAAAGCAGCGCCAAGAAACGGCAGGCAGCCUCGAAUAUUUAUUCAGAUUCUGACUCGGACGAUUCGGAUAUCGAUGGAAUUCGUCGAAGGAAAGCGUCCGACAAAGCAAAACAGAUCCAGGAUUCUGACGGAGAUGACUACUUCGAUAAAAAAGCUCGGAAGCAGAGCAAAGCGACGAGUGACAAAGAAUCUGAGAAAGCGGAGAGCGGCUCCAAUUCGGAGUCGGAAGACAAGGAAGACAAGAAAUCCGACAGCGACGAUUGAGACUUCUUUAUGUAUAUCCGGUGCGUGGCACGUGUAAAAUAACAUUAUUAUUCCGUACGAGAAUCAGAUCGCGUACAUUUCAAGUAUCCGUGUGAAAGGGAGCUAGGCACAGUGAUCCGAGCACUGGAAGUCUGCGGAUAACCUGUACAGAAUAAUUGUUUUCUUUCCGUCAUCAGACCAUUUGUAGAUAUGCGUCCUCUUGUGGCACAAGUGAGUCGUAGCGCGACCGUUGAUCAGAAUCGCUCUGAUUUGAAAAGUCAUCGUCGGUGAAGUGAUUAUGGAGCCGCUUUGAAAACGAGAGGAA